GUUUUUAGUUGCAUCUUAUUUUCCUUGUUGUCACAUACAAGCCUAGAGCUCUACAGUGCAUGGCAUGUUACAUAGAACUUUAGGACAUCCGAACUGCCCCCAUCCCUCAACCACCCAUGGCCAGAUUCCAGAGGCCAAUGAAUGUGGCUGCUCAAAACAACAAGCGUGUGACCUUAUCGUGCGGCCGUGCGUGUUAGAGGGAUCGGUGACACUGUGUAGACGUACACCCGGCUCAUGUGUCGGGACUCGCGGUGUCUCCUGGCCCUUGAAACCUGCCACUGAGCUUCUUUAAAUAGAUAAGCACUUUAUAUUUGUACGCUGGCUGCCUGGGCCCUUGGCUCUUGGCUCAGUCUAGGUGUUUCGACUUUGAACCGGCGCAGAAUGUGAAUGCCUCUCUCUGUUCAAAUCUCUGCACGUUGAAGGUAGCCAUGCACCCUGACGUGCUGGAGGUGACCGGCUGGGUGGAGGGCAUGUCCAUGUCCUCCCCCGCCAACGAUGCAGCGGAGCCGGACAUGGAUGAGGAGGAGGUGGAGGAGGUGACCCGAGCCAUGAAGCGCAUGGGGAGAUACCGACAGAGUAUACAGAUGCUCAAACCCUUCAGGAUCACACACAAGCACCAGCAUCCGGUGGACAAUGCUGGUCUCUUCUCCUUCAUGACGCUACACUGGCUGUCUCCGCUGGCUUGGAGAGCCUACAAGACGUCCAGCCUCAGCAUGGAGGACGUCUGGGGCCUGUCCUGCCACGAAGCCUCAGAGAUCAACUGCCAAAGACUGGAGACGUUAUGGCAUGAGGAGUUGAAGCAGAAGGGUAAGGAGGGGGCGUCUCUGGCCCGGGUCUUCUGGAGGUUCUGCCAGACCCGCGUCCUGGUGGCCAUCUUCGCCCUCCUCAUCACCAUGAUAGUGGGCUUUGUUGGACCGGCGCUGUUGAUCCGGGCGCUGCUGGAGUACUCGCAGGGCCGCGAGACCUGGCUGCCCUACGGGUUGGCGCUGGUGGCGGGCAUCUUCGCCACGGAGCUGGUGCGCUCCUGGUCGCUGGCGUUCAUGUGGGCGCUCAACUACCGCACGGCCUCGCGCCUCCGCGGCGCCGCUCUCACCUUCGCCUUCGCCAAGCUGCUCAACCUGCGCAACGCACGCGACAUGAGCGUCGGGGAGCUGGUGAACAUCUGCUCGAGUGACGGCCAGCGUAUCUACGAGGCGGUGUCCGUGGGCUGCCUGCUGGCCGGGGGCCCCCUCAUCGGGCUUCUGGGACUCUCCUACUCCGCAUACUUCCUGGGGCCCACCGCCCUCGUGGGCUCCGCCAUCUUCAUCAUCUUCUACCCCACUAUGAUGCUGGCGUCCAAGCUGACGGCGUAUUUCCGUAAGAGGUGUGUGACGGUGACGGACCGUCGCGUUCGGCUGAUGAACGAGAUCCUGGGCUGCAUCAAGUUCAUCAAGAUGUACUGCUGGGAGGCCGCCUUCACCAGCAACAUCCAGAAGGUGCGAACAGAAGAGAGGAAGAUCGUGGAGAGGGCCAACUACGUGCAGAGCCUGACGGUGGGGGUGGCGCCCAUAGUGGUGGUCAUAGCCAGCGUAUGCACCUUCACCUUGCACAUGGCCAUGGGAUACGACCUCACUGCUGCACAGGCCUUCACUGUGGUGGCGGUGUUCAACUCCAUGACGUUUGCCCUCAAAGUCACCCCGCUGGCCGUGCGAUCCCUGUCAGAGGGCUCCGUCGCUGCCAAGCGCUUUCAGAGACUCUUUCUAAUGGAGGAAAGGGAGCGCGUGGGCACCAAAGUCGAAGACCCCGACAAUGUGGUAGAAUUCCGCGAUGCCACCCUGGCGUGGGAGAACCCCCGUCCGACCACCCCGACCAAACCUUCCCAGAAGCCCCGGCGCAGCGGCGGCGGCAUCAAGCGGCUGCUGCGGCGCGAGAAGCUCAGCCUCUUCAUCGCCUCGGACGAUGGCAAGGGUAAAAGCGGAGGUGGAGGAGGAGGAGGAGGAGGGGGGCUGGGCGGAGGCAGCGAGAGCCCCAAUGAGGACCACCUGCUCAGCCACAUGGAGCAGGAGAGCCCCCAGAGCACCAUCUCCUCCACCCAGAGCAUGAGGCCGCCACUGCUCAAGACCCUGCACCGCAUAGACCUGCGCAUCAAGAAGGGCUCCCUGGUUGGCAUCUGUGGAGGCGUGGGCAGUGGCAAAAGCUCCCUCCUGUCUGCUCUGCUGGGUCAGAUGACCUUGCUGGAAGGCUCGGUGUGCGUCAGUGGGGGGUUUGCUUAUGUCGCUCAGCAAGCCUGGAUCCUGAACGACUCCCUGAAAGAGAACAUCUUAUUCGGCAACGAAUACGUUGAAGACAAAUACAAUGCGGUUCUGGAGGCUUGCUGUCUAAUGCCAGACCUGGCUGAGUUACCUUAUGGAGACAUGACAGAGAUCGGGGAGCGUGGUGCCAACCUGAGCGGCGGGCAGCGGCAGCGGGUGAGCCUGGCGCGCGCCCUCUACAGCGAGCGGCCCGUGCUGCUCCUGGACGACCCCCUGAGCGCCCUGGACGCCCGCGUGGGCUCGCACCUCUUCCACAGCGCCAUCCGAGGCGCCACCGGCGACAAGACCGUCAUAUUCAUCACCCACCAACUGCAGUACCUGGCAGAGUGUGACGACGUGAUCCUGAUGAAGGACGGGCAGAUUGCGGAGCAUGGCACCCACGCCCAGCUCAUGGACCGGGACCGAGACUACGCCAGCCUCUUCAACAGUGUCCAGCAGGAGAAUCUGGUACGCAAGAACUUGAAGAACAAGCAGAAUGGCAAGAGUGAACUGGUUGUACGCUCCCCUCCACCUGCCAAGCCAAUGCAGGCUCCCAGCAAGCCCAAAUCAGGAGGUGGUGCCCUGAUGCAGGCGGAGGAGAAGGGCUCCGGGGCGGUGUCCUGGGCGGUGUACAAGGCCUACAUCAAGGCGGCCGGCGGACCCCUGGCCCUCGUCCUCAACCUGCUGCUCUUCAUCGGCACCACGGGCAGCAUCGCCUUCAGCAACUGGUGGCUCAGCCACUGGAUCAAGCAGGGCAGCGGGGACGCCAUCUUGGAGACGGAGUUUAAUGAAACCAUAGCCAGCGACAGCAUGCGGCUCAACCCACACAUCCAAUACUACUCCCGGAUCUACGUGCUGUCUAUGCUGGUGGCCGUUUUAUUCAAGACCCUGCGAGGCCUGGCUUUUGUCAAGUGUACGGUGCGGGCGGCGUCGGUGCUGCACGACAAGCUGUUCCAGAAGCUGAUGCAGAGCCCCAUGCGCUUCUUCGACACCACGCCGCUUGGCCGCGUCCUCAACCGCUUCUCCAAGGACAUGGACGAAGUGGACGUGCGGUUGACUAUGCAGGCCGAGAUGGUGCUGCAGAACCUCUCCAUGGUACUGUUCUGCGUGGGCGUGGUGAGCGUGGUCUUCCCCUGGUUCCUCUUCUCCAUCCUACCCAUCGGAGCGUUCCUCUUCAUCGUCAACCGCAUCUCCAGGGUGUUGAUCCGGGAGCUGAAGCGUCUGGAGAACAUCACGCUGUCUCCGUUCACCUGCCACCUGACCAGCAGCGUCCAGGGCCUCUCCACCAUCCACGCCUUCGGGAGGGGACCCGACUUCCUGCAGAGGUACCAGUCGUUGCUGGAUGCAAACCAGGCUCCGCACUACCUGUUCAGCUGUGCCAUGCGCUGGCUGGCGGUGCGCCUGGACAUCGUCAGCAUCACCCUCAUCACCCUCACGGCUCUCCUUAUCGUGCUCAUGCACCACCAGAUACCCCCCGCCUACGCCGGCCUCGCCAUCUCAUACGCCGUGCAGCUCACUGGACUGUUUCAAUUCACCAUCCGCCUGCUGGCAGAGACGGAGGCCAGGUUUACGUCAGUGGAACGGAUCAACCAUUACAUAAAGAACCUGGAGUCGGAGGCCCCUCGCCAGAGUCCUGACUCAUCAUCAGCUCCCGGUUCCAGCUGGCCGCAGGAAGGAGGCGUCCGCUUCCAGGAAGUGGAGAUGUCCUACCGUGACGGCCUGCCGCUGGUCCUCAAAAAGCUCUCCUUCAACAUCAAGCCAGAGGAGACGGUGGGAAUCAUCGGCCGAACUGGCUCAGGCAAGUCGUCCCUGGGCGUGGCACUGUUCAGACUAGUGGAGCUGAGUGGCGGCUCCAUCGUCAUCGACGGCGUGGACAUCUCCCGUAUCGGCCUGGAGGAGCUGAGGAGCAAGCUGUCCGUCAUCCCCCAGGAGCCCGUGCUCUUCAUCGGCACCGUCAGGUCCAACUUGGAUCCGUGGGGCCAGUACACAGACGAGCAGAUCUGGGAAGCCCUGGAAAAGACACACAUCAAGGACAUGGUUAGCCUGCUGCCUCUUUCCCUGUACUCCGAGGUGACCGAGAAUGGAGAGAACUUCUCUGUCGGGGAGAGACAACUCCUGUGCGUGGCCAGAGCACUUCUAAGACACAGCAAGAUCCUGUUGCUAGAUGAGGCCACCGCGGCCAUCGACACGGAGACGGACCGGCUGAUCCAGGACACCAUCCGCGACUCCUUCAAGGGCUGCACCACACUGGUCAUCGCCCACAGGCUCAACACCGUGCUGGGCUGCAACAGGAUCCUGGUGCUGGACCAGGGACAGAUUGUUGAGUUUGAUACUCCAUCUAACUUGCUGGCGGACGACGGCUCUCGGCUGCGUGCGAUGAUUGAGGCAGAGGAUGGGAAGCUGACUCAGUCUGACGCCAAUUGAAAAGGCCACCAAGGGCCUCUUCUUUGAAACACACACACACACACACACACACACACACACACACACACACACACACACACACACACACACACACACACACACACACACACACUACACACACACACUACACACACACACACACACACUUGGAAAAAGAGAGUGGGAGAGAGUGAGAGAGAUAUCGCUGCCUCAGCCUCCCUUCCUUGACUUUUUAAUCCUCUUACAAAGUAAGACGUAUAUAUCUGUAUCUGUGACGCGUAGCUGCUUUCGCCAUGCGUGACUCUGCAGAACAGGACAUGGCCUCGCGUGUCUGCGCUCUUGCCAGGUCAACAGAAGAAGAGUGCAACCGCAACGUGUUCUGUGUACUUUGCUGUUUUUAAAAUGCUCAGGAGAUGAGCACACUCAGAGCACUUUCUUAGAGGAGGUGUUUUGAAAAGGCACCUCCAUUUAUGUAAUGAAGAAAACUGGGAGAUACAACAUCAGUGUUUUAUGGACAGUGAUAAAAACACUCUGCUCUACAGACAGUGGACUGACUUGCGUGCAAUUCAUGAUCAAUGGUAUACAGUACUUCUGCUGCAAAUUUUGCUUAGUUGGUGGAAAUGUUAUUUUGCACAUCUUUUUUCUUUGUAUCUUUGUUGUAUCUUCUCUAAGAAACUGAACAAUGAGCAUUAUGUUGCACAAAUGUUCACUGAAUCAGCCAAAGACUGGAAGGUGUUAUGGAAAUGUCCUCAAAUCAAGCCCAUCAUUCCUUUUUUUCCUGAUGAAUCACCAUGUCAGCCAAUGUCAUCAGACUGCGCAUACAAAUCCCAAAGUUUAUUUUUUCUUCUAAGAUGCGAGCAUUUUAACUGUGUACUGUGACUGUCAGAAAUUGAAGUUGAAGUAAUAUAUAUAACAUAAUUUAAGGUACUUUCUGUCGGGAAGGGUUAUAUUAUUUUGAUUCAGAAGCUCUUGUAGAAGAAUGACCAAUACUUUUGUAUUUGCUUACAAAUGUUUGGAAUGUCUUUUAUUUCAAUACUUGUAUUGUACAGACUUGCGGUUAUAGUCAGGGCCUUAAAGCAGGGUUUUGUUUUUCCUGUUUUGUGUUUUCCUUUCUCUGGUUUUUCAUGUUAUCUUUCUUCCGAGGAAUUUAAUCAAAAACAUGCUUUUACAUGUGCUUUAGUUACGACCUCUAUGCAAAGUAGCCAUUGUACUCUGAAAUACCUCCUAUAGUUGCAAGAUCCCUCUUCAGUCAGUCGAAACAGCUCACUUGAAAAAGCCAGUUUGGUACAGAUUUCAAAUGUUUUUACUGCCACAGUAAUGGUGUGGUAAGAUGUUUAUGUAUGUAAGUUGAAGUCUAUUUUAUACAUGUUUUGUAGUUAACUUUACUGCUGAAAGUGGAGUGGUGAAUGAGUCGUUGACGUUGUAUGGGACAUGUCUUUGCUAAAAAAAGUGAUUACACUGUUGAUUCUCCAUGUUGUUACUGCAUGGACACAGUGCCUUAAUGAUGACCUUGAGAUUGUGAUUUUUACCAUUUUUAUUAAGAAAAUGCUGUCCCCUGUAAGGAUGCCUCCACAAUAAAGUAUUUUAUA